CAUGCUUACGUCUGGGACAGCAGUUCCGCAUUCCGGAGCCCUCACAGACAUGAUCAGUACUUAAACGGGCUGAUGCAACGACUUCAGCUAGUCCUAAAAAACCUACAUCCGACUCCUCUGUCCCGCUUCGUCCCAUUAUCACUGCGGACUUUGGACGCACUACAGCGUCCAAACACAGGUGCAUCAUUGGCAGAAAACGACUGACAAGUUUUCCCUGAGCACCUGAUUAGGAAUGUGUGAAGUUUGCAUACUACCAGAUAAACAUGUGCAAAUACUGCACUUCUUCUGAGUCACCACAGUAAAUCAGUUCUGCCUGUGCUACUCAGCGGCGGUGGCGGUUGGGUUGGGUUGGACAUGAUGCCGGGACAGAUACCGGACCCUUCGCUGGCGGCGGGUUCCCUGCCCAGCCUCGGCCCUCUGGCAGGCAUCUCAGCCACCACGCUCACUGACCAGUUGAAGCUGGCCGACUUCCGCCAGCUGGGCACCAUGCUGUCCCCACUGCAUUUCCUGGGGAGGCUGGGCAAGAGGCCGCUGGCCAUUAAGACAGAGAUGGAUGAAGAUGAGGAAAGGAGGAAACGAAGAAGAGAGAAAAAUAAGGUAGCAGCAGCUCGAUGCCGAAACAAAAAGAAGGAACGGACUGACUUCCUUCAGAGGGAAUCAGAGCGUCUGGAGAUGGUGAACUCAGAGCUGAAAGCCCAGAUUGAGGAGCUCCGCCUGGAAAGGCAGCAGCUAAUGGUGAUGCUGAACCUGCACAGGCCCACCUGCAUCGUGAGGACUGACAGUGUCAAAACCCCUGAGAACGAGGCCAACCCCCUGCUGGAGCAGCUGUCUGCCGACAAGAAGUGAAACCAGCGCACCAGGGACGUGGACUCCCUGAAGCCCAAACUCGCACCACCAUGGCAGCCAUUUAAACACAAACAUAACUGGCAAUACGUUUCUAAAUAAGCACUUGAGCUCCAAGCUGGAGACUUUUGAAGACUGCCCAAGGACCUGAGGUUGCAGGGCUUCUGCAGUAUUGCUACAUGAGCUGGCUCUGUCCAUUGGAAGACUGGAAAUAUCCAGUGUCAUCUCCGCAUUAAGUGUUGUUGUUGACACCCACUGUGCCUAGUUGUUACUUCAACCACCUCUACAUAAAGGGACCAAUGGAAACAGUAGAGUACGCUUGGAAACAACGCAGAGGAAACACACUAAUAUCAACACGGUGCUCUGUUACAAAAAGCUCUGAGUAGUUUGUGUGGCAUCGUUUCACUGCAGAUACCCACAAAGACUUACUGCUACACAGUUUCCCUUUGUAUGCUAGCCGAAAUAUACAGGUAUAGAGUUUUUAGGAUGCUAUACUCAAUACAAGUACAACUGAUGGAGUAGAGUUUUUGUUUUGUUUUAUACCCUGCCUGGACAAUGGCAGUUACUGGUUGAUCCGAUCUGUGGUGACGCUGGCGUCAUAAAAAAAGCACAUAUACACAAAAUGUUUACACCUUUGUUUUUGGACUUGUUGUCUGUCCAUUAUUGUACAUGUUUUAUACUGCUUUGUAUACAUAAACAUAUAUGAAAUGCUUGUUGAUCACUUGAUGUGAUUUGUCUAUCGAUCUUUCUAGUCCUUUUUUGUCAUAUUGCGCUGUCAAACAGCUGUGAAAAUGAGCAGAAAUGUUUUCAGCUGAGCAGUAUUUCAAUGUCUGUGCUGACUUGUAUCUGCUAUGUAUGACUCUGUUACUCUGAAUAGAUUAAAUUUAUUUUCUAACUACAA